CUCAGUUUCGUUGGCGAUACUGUAUUUUAAGCGUUGGCAACAGUGCUUCCAACCUCAAAAAUGUGUGAGGUUACGAAAUACAAUUUCAAACAAAAACUACCCGAAAUUAAAAGCGCGAUAGACAACGCGAAGUUGGUGGCCAUAGAUUUGGAAUUCAGUGCCUUGUACCCCAUAAAAAACGAGCAGCCUAGCUUGUUUGAUAGCUCCUCAGAGAGGUAUACAAAGCUUAAAAAGAAUCUAGAGAAAGUUAUACCGGUGCAAUUGGGAUUGACAACGUUUAGUUACAAUGCCGAUAGGAAUUUUUAUGAAGGGACAAUAUACAAUGUGUACCUUAAACCGGGAGCCUUUCCAAGCAUGCACACCAGUUUUUAUUUUCAAUCGGAGUGUAUUAAUUUUCUCACUUUGUAUGAUUUUAAUUUUAAUAAGUUUGCAUACGAAUCAGUCCCGUUUCUAAACAAAACCACAGAAACAGAACUAAGAAAAAACCUCAAAAACAGUGAACUUACGGAGAUGUAUUCAAACUACAAAAUGGAACUGGAGGACAUAUUUGAUAAAUUCGGCGAAGAGGUGCGAAUAUGGUACGAAAAAGCCCCCGUUGGAGACAAGUUGAGCCUCCCCAAAGUAUACGAGAAAUACAGGGGGAAUUUGGAGAUUAUGUAUUUCAUCCAGAAGAGCUUCAGAGCGAGAUUCAAGAAUUUGUGGACGAAAUGUGAUGAAGAUUUUGUUGUUUUCAAGGUGUCAGAUGAAGAUUUGAAGGCUUUGGAGUGCGAAGACAUUGAUGAAGAUUUGGUUGAUGAUCUUCUGGGAUUCACGCAAGUUUUCAGACAUUUAGUGAAGUCGAAGAAGCCUUUGAUUGGCCAUAACUGUCUUUUGGACGUAAUGCUACUAAUCAACAGCUUUGAAUGUGAUCUCCCAAGCAGUUUCAGCGAGUUCAAAAAACUAUCCCACUCUUUAUUCCCAACGAUAUACGACACAAAACGCAUUUGCUUCGAACUAAAAAACCUCAUCCCAGAGGAAAAACGUUACCACGACACCUCCCUAGGCGAUCUAUUCGAAUAUUUCAAAAAUGGUACAGGAAGGCAUGUUGUUUUGAAUUCCCCAGCUAUCGAUGCGGUAUCGGAAAGCAAUUUAGGGAAUUUUCACGAGGCAGGUUGGGACUCGUAUUGUUCCGGGUAUGUUUUUAUUAGGUUGGCAUACCUGAACAUCUGCAAGAAAUAUCCAGCCUCCAAGAGGUUUGUGAGUUCAGAGCUGAUUGGUGGAAUGGUGGAACAUAGGAAUAAGAUUAAUAUGGCCAGAGGAUACGUUAAUCAUAUUAAUCUAGAAGGCCAGGAUCCUCCUAGUUCUAGGCCACCUUGGCUUAUUAUAGAAUCAAACAGAAAUAAAACUAUUAACAUAAGUCAAGUGACUUCAAUUUUAAGUUCCUAUGGCUGUGUUGAAAUUAAAAGACUCUCGUACAAAACUAAUGGAGCGCUUGUGGCUGUAGAUAAUUUUGGCAAUGCUAGAAGAAUAAUAAAUACUUUCAAAACAAAUAAAGAUUUUAAAGUUAGGCAAUAUAAUGUUUUUAAGCAUUCCCCUGUUAUGAGAGCCUUUGUUUUCAGCGGAAUUACCAUUUCAGGAGCAUUACUUCUAUGGUUAACACAUUCUGUUACUAAAAGAGUGGUUGGCGAGUUUUUCUAAAAAUUGCACAGCUUGAAUGCCGUUCGACUCUAAAUGUGGGUCUGGAGGUUCAGAGGACAUUUUACCAGGCCUCCAUGGUCUUUGACCGAAAAAUUCCAUGCUGUUUCCGCCUUCUAGCGGGUCAGGUUGAGGAUACG